AUGGAAGGUACAGCUCAAAAUCUCGAUGUCGAGGUGCCCAAGCAGGAUCUGCCCAAUGGCACUGAUUCAACCGGAGAGCCGCCGUUGAAGAAGGUUAGAUUGGAGGAACCUGCCUCCGACCAGCAAAAUGGACAGGCUCCGCCGAGACUAAAGGGUGUGGCACCGAUCAAGGCAGAGUUUCUCAUCCCCAAACCCAAACAAGGCCAAGCCGCAGUCUCAAGCACAGACGAUGCCGCCGAAGCCGCCGCCUAUAAGGACCGUGAAGACGAGAAGAAAGGAAAGAAGAAGAAGACCACUGGUCAGAAUAAGAAUCGCACGUUCGGCAGGUCACAGGAUUCGAAAGGGCUCUGUGCUAGUAGGGUAUACAGCCCGGAAUUCUCACCGGCUGAAUGCCCGUUUGGCGAUAAAUGUCGGUUCGAACACGACUUGCGAACAUACUUGAAGGAGCAUAAGCGGGAGGAUCUUAACACAUUCAAUGGAGUCUGUCCUGUAUGGAGCGCUCGAGGGAAAUGUGAUGCGGGCUGGAAGUGUCGAUUCGUUGGCUCUCAUUCUAUUGAACGAGUAACUGAAGACGGGAGAAAGGAGUUGGUAUUGGUUGAGGACGAGGAGCGCAGGAAGAAGGCCCAGCCGGUUUUUCCUUCCGCAGCUGAGGACGGUACCGUGAAUACGACUUCGCCAGCGGAUAAAAUAGCUCUUGCAAAACGACAGCGGCCUACGCCGCGGGCUGAUGCAUACUCCGAUUGGCUAGACCUGACAUCUAAGGAGUUGGAAAAGUACUUCCAUGGAGGGCAACAAAACAAGGAUGCUCAUCCCGACACUGCUCAAGACAAGGAGGAGAAGGAAGAAAACAGAGCGACAUAUACAGAGGCACCCUUUAUGCCAUCUGAGAAGAGAAGGCUGUACUUUGGGCCUGAGACCCCGGCUCUAGCGCCUCUGACUACGCAAGGAAACCUACCAUUCAGAAGGCUUUGUGUUGAACUUGGCGCACAGCUCACCUAUUCUGAGAUGGCUCUCAGUAUGCCAUUAAUCCAGGGCCACAAGCCAGAGUGGGCUUUGAUGCGAGCACACGAAACGGAAGCUUUGCCACCAACAGUUUCUGCGCGCGCAAGCGUAGUACAAGACUAUGACAAUUCCAAAGAUAUGAAGUUCGGCGCUCAGAUAGCGGGAAACAAGUACCGAUGGGUUAUGAAGGCCACCGAGGUUCUGUCAUCUCUUACUCCAAAUCUCCGCGUUAUCGAUCUGAACUGUGGGUGCCCUAUUGAUCUUCUCUACCGGGAAGGUUCCGGCUCGGCGCUCCUUGACGCUCCUUCGAAACUGGAGAAAAUGCUCCGUGGAAUGAACGCUGUCUCAGAACAGAUCCCAAUCACGGUCAAAAUCCGCACGGGUACAAGGGAUAACACUCCAAAUGCACAGAAGCUGGUCGAGCGUCUCAUCCUUGGAGGUCACGAAGCCAGCAUGCUCAACUGUGGUCCUUCUGGUGUAGCAGCAAUCACGCUUCACGGUCGUAGCCGGCAACAGCGAUACACACGAGAGGCCAACUGGGAAUAUAUCUCUGAGACUGCGGCGCUCAUCAAGCGCCUCAACGAGAAGUCAGAUGAGGUCACAGAUACCAUUCGAGAGCCCGAAGAACGGAUGCGGCCAAAUGGCGGAAAAACUUGGUUCCUAGGAAACGGCGAUUGCUACUCGCAUGUGGACUAUGAAGAUCAUAUCAAAAAUGCCAAGGUCGACAGCGUCAUGGUCGGUCGAGGUGCGCUGAUCAAGCCAUGGCUCUUUGAGGAGAUUCAAGCAGGCCAGUACCUCGACAAAUCAGCUUCUGAGCGGCUAGCGUACGUCGAAAAGUUUGCUAGGUACGGCAUGGAGACUUGGGGAUCAGACGAAUAUGGUAUUGGCAUUACCCGGCGUUUCCUGCUUGAAUGGCUGAGCUUUGCGUGCCGCUACGUGCCCAUCGGACUGCUUGAGUAUCUUCCCCCCAAGAUAAACGACCGACCUCCGUACUGGCGAGGUAGGAAUGAUAUGGAGACCUUGAUGGGCAGCCAUGACUAUAGGGAUUGGAUUAAGAUCAGUGAGAUGUUCCUUGGCCCAGCUCACAAGGACUUCAAGUUCGAGCCCAAGCACAAGUCCAAUUCCUACGAUACGGAGGGUUAAGAGCCAAAGUAGGAUUACAUUUGUCUCCGUCUCAGCGUGCGGAGUACAGGAUUUAGCAUAUAGAUAUUUUGAACACAGCCC